AUGGCAGAACUGGACGAGUCCGUUCUGUUAGGAGAUUCCACUGAUCAACAUGAUGGCCCAAUAGACGAGAAUGCGUUGUUGGAUGCAAAGGAUUUCAAAGCGGAGGAUCCAGACGAUCUGUACGACGAUGCUAUAGCUCCGACUAGCUUAGAAGAACCUCUGAAAUCAAGUUCUCCACCUGCCACGCCCGUCACAGCUCCAACUGUUGCACUGACUGCUAAACCAGCAACUUCAUCUGAAGGUAGAAAGUACUGCUGUUACGUGGGAAAUCUCCUGUGGUACACAACAGAUGCUGAUUUAAUGAAAGCAAUUUCCACAACUGGGCUUGCACGGUCUCAGUUCGCUGAUAUGAAGUUUUUCGAAAAUCGAACGAACGGACAGAGUAAAGGAUACGCUCUCCUGGUUCUAAACUCAGAUGCAGCAGUGAAGCAGAUAAUGGAGACGCUUCCAUCGAAGUCCAUUCAUGGACAAAGUCCCACCGUUCUCGCCUACAACAAAACGAAUCAAGCGAAGUUGGAAGAAGUGCAAGCGAAGAGUCAAACCCGUCCUGAUGUGAAAAAGAAGACUUUCGAAGAUGGCUGUGUGAACAUGGGAACCAUUCGAAUCGGAACCGGAAACCAAGCAGGAAGAACUACAACGAACAACACUGGAAGACCAGGACCACCACCUCUGAUGAUGCAACAAGUGAGACCAACUCCUCUGAUGAGCCAACAACCUUCGCUAAUGGGAAAUCAGAAUCAAGUUCCCCAAAUGCGACUCCAAAUCAACGGACAACCUGUCCCAAUGGUUAAUCGAGCUCCAGUCCCACAACAAGGAUUAAUGGGAACUGCACCAAUGGGUGGCAUGCCACAACAAAUGCCACCUCAACAGCAAAUGAUGUUGGGACAGCCACAAGUGAGACCGAUGAUGCAGCCAACAAUGGGAGUUCAGCAGAUGAUGGGAGUGAAUAUGGCUGCUCCUCCACCAAUGAACAAUCAAUUCCAGCAAAGACCACCACAACUCGGCCCGAUGGGAGUUCAGCCGCUUAUGCAAAUGAACACAGCAAUGCGUCCGCCAGUCAACGGUCUUCCACCAGUUCAUGUAAAUCCACAGAUGUUCCCCGGAAUUCAAGGACCAACUCUUUCGGAUGCCGAGUUUGAUGAUGUGAUGACCAGAAAUCAGACAGUCUCUUCCUCUGCUAUAGCCAGAGCUAUUACUGAUGCAUCAGUUGGUGAUAUCAAAGGAGCAUCUGAAACUAUAUUGACAGCGAUUAAUCUCAUCAAAAAUAGCAGAAUCGGUCAUGAUGAAAGAUGCAGACAGUUGGUCUAUGGAUUAGAGCACACUCUCAAAGGACUUGAAUCGAAAGGAUACUCUUCAAGAUCGAAAUCUCAUCGUGAUCGUUCCAGAAGCCGUGAAAGAGAUCGCAAGAGAAGAAGACGUAGUCGUACUCGUUCUCGCUCAUACUCUCGUUCCCCAUCCCCACGUCGUCGUCAUGCAUCAACAGUAAUAUUUCUACGUUAUCUCUCCCUCCUCUAUUCACUGGUUUUCUUCGAUUCUCUCAUUGCUCCACUCAACUUUGCCACGGGAUGUAAUUUGUUCGCUUUUUCUAUUAAAGUCGAAACGAACAAUACUGGCGCAUCCAUGUGA